AUCCGCAGCCUGGCUGGGGAGAAGUGAAUAUAAAAGCCCCAAGCUUAUUGCGACCAUCACAGACGCCCACUGGUUCUUGGCAAGAUGGCUUCUCGGCGCCUGCUCCUCCUCUGCCUGGCUGGACUGGUAUUUGUGUCUGAGGCUGGCCCUGCGGGUGAAUCCAAGUGUCCUCUGAUGGUCAAAGUCCUAGAUGCUGUCCGAGGCAGUCCUGCUGUUGAUGUGGCUGUGAAAGUAUUCAAGAAGGCUGCUGAUGAAACCUGGGAGCCAUUUGCCUCUGGGAAAACCAGUGAAUUUGGAGAGCUGCACGGGCUCACAACUACUGAUAAAUUUGUAGAAGGGGUAUACAAAGUGGUGUUAGACACCAAAUCCUACUGGAAGGCCCUUGGCAUUUCCCCCUUCCAUGAAUAUGCAGAGGUGGUGUUCACAGCAAAUGACUCCGGCCAACGCAAGUACACCAUUGCUGCUCUGCUCAGCCCCUACUCUUACUCCACCACAGCCCUUGUCAGCACCCCCAAAGAAUGAGGGACCCCUCCUUUGGUCAGUUUGAAGGAGGAGAAACAGGAUUGCGUGUAACCAACAGUAUUCCAUUUGUAUUAAAGCAGUGUUUUCACUUUAUAAGCUAUGUUAGAAACUCAGGCAGAGACAAUAAAACAUUCUUAUUAAAAGCACUUACCAGGUCGUUUGAA